UCUCUCUCUCUAUAAGAAGCACUCCUCUCCCCUCUGCUACCCAUCUCACAUUCUCACUCGACAGAACUUCUUUUUUCCUCAGCUGAUUAUUCCUUCCAUCUGCAAUUUCUUUCUUUCCUCUGCACCAGACAUGAAGCCCUCUUCCGUUGCCAUCAUCCUUCUUGUUCUGCUGUGCUUGGCCUCUUCUUUACAGGCAACAUUACCUGAUGGGAACAUGUGUGACAUGAAGUGCAAGAUAAGGUGCUUCAAGGCAGCGGUGAAGGAUAGGUGUAUGAAGUACUGUGGACUGUGCUGUGCCGAGUGCAAGUGUGUCCCUUCGGGCACCUAUGGCAACAAGGACGAGUGCCCCUGCUACAGGGACAAGAAGAGCGGUUCAGGCAAACCCAAAUGCCCCUGAGGGGAAGAAGCACCAAGCGCCCUCCCCUUCUCUCGCACUAUUUCACAAACUCUAGUGUUCCUCUUUUUACCAUGCAAUGCUUCAUCCCUGUGUUUUGGGAGGAAGAGAUGGUCAUGUGCUUCACUGGCUGUAGUAGUGUGAUAUGAAUAAACUGUCAUGUCAUAGUCUUCACGUUGAUGAUCCUUAAGGAGGUGUGCUUAAUCAAUAUUUUAUGUUUUUUCAUUUUAAA